AUGAAUUCGUAUGUGGCUGAAAUUGGUGAAAUUGUUCGAGCCCAACGAAGAGACGACGAAUUUAUUAACGAAAUUCAGGAGAAAUUAUCGAAGGUGGGGUUUUUCUGGCUGAAAAUCGCGGUUUUCUAGCUGAAAAUCCCUAAUUUCGGCUGAAAAUCGCGGUUUUCUAGCUGAAAAUCCAAUUUUUUUGCAGAUUUUCAAGGAGCUAGUCGGACAAAGAACUUGGAUUCGCUGGUUUCCGUAUUUUCGAACGAUUUCGCAAAGUUUGUAUUAUUCUAAUACGAUUUUGGCAGGUAAGAAAGUUUCGGGAAAAAAUUGGGAAAUUUUCAUCAAAAAUUUACUGUUUCAAAAUUUUUUAUAUACAUUUUGAAAAAAAACAAUUUUAAUUCUGCCGAAAAUUCUGACUUUAAUCAAUUUUAACAGUACCUUUUGGUAAAGUACUCCUGAGACUACAGUAUGCCUUGCAGUUUUAAAUAGAUACUGUAAAGAUCCUAGAGUUACAGUGUGCACUACAGUAACCCUUGUAAUUUGGAAAACCUGAAAACCUUUUCAAAAAUAAUUUUUUCACUGUUUCAAAAUUUCUAAAUAAAUUUUGUGACUUUUCAAAGUUUGAUAAAAAUAAUUUCCGAAAAUAAUUCAAAUUAUUGUAGAACUUCCGAAAAAUAGAUUAAAUUAUUACAAAAAUUUUUUCACUGUUUCAAAUUUUUAUAUAAAUUUUGAAAUUUUUAAAAAAUUUGAUAAGAAAGCGAGAAAAAGUUGAACUUUGAAACAAUAAAAUUUUUUUCUGGAAAACUUCUGAAACAGAUAAUUCUGCUUUUUUCUAUUAAUUUAUCUAGCCCAAAGCUCAGAAAAAAUCGGAUUUUUUUUUCUGAACUCAAAGAAUUUUGAAAAAUCUGAAAUUUUCAGAGUUCCUCGGAUUUUUCAGUGAUAUUUUUCAACAAUUUUUACGAAAAAAUAUGCUGUUUCAAAAUUUUUAUUUAAAUUUCGAGAUUUUUCAAAAAUUUCAUAUAGAUUUCGUGAUUUUUUAAAACUUUGAUGCGUUCUUAAUCGGUUAAUUAUUCAAAAUUAGAAUAAUGCCACGUGGCUUCGUUGAAAACCCUGAUUGUGAGAUGUUUCUCUAGAUCUCUGAGGUUAGGCCUAAGUUUUGGCCUGAAAUCAGGCCCACUAGCCUUCAAAAUCCCCCAAUUUUUCCAGGAAAUCAAACCCUUGGCGAAGAAUACGUGCACCUUUUCGAAUCAUCCGGUCUCUCCAGAUUUUCACCAUCUUUCCCAACUCGCUUCUCAUUCAUCUUCCUCCAUUCAAUUCUCCCUCAAAUCACCAAUCAUCUCCUCCAAAAAGCCGAACUUCGCCUAAAUCAUCCCUCAACCACGUCCUUUUUGGGAGUCCAAAUUCAAAAAAACGCCAAGGCUCGCAAAACAUUCAUUGAUCUCGUGACGUGGACAAAAUCCACGUUUCUACCCAAUUUUCAACGCUGCCACGUGGCAUUGUUCUAUAUCACGGGAAGUUAUUAUAACUUGGCAAGAAGAGUUACGGGAAUUCGAUUUUUGUCGGCGAAUUCGCAAAGUGAUUUGCCAGCGUUGAAAAUCUAUCGAAUUUUGGGAUAUUUAUCGAUUAUUCAAGUCGUAUUUAUUGGAGUUUUGGGAAUUUGGAGAAUUAUUGAGGAGGCUUCGAAGAAACCCGAAAAAUCCAAGGAACAUCUGAAUUCUGAAGAAGUUUUCGAAUCUUUGGAGCAUAGUUGGUUCAGUUGUCCGAUUUGUUUGGAGAAAAAAGAUCCGAGUGCACUGUUUUGUGGACAUUUGUUUUGCUGGAAUUGUAUACAGGUGAGAGCUAGAGACGCAGAGAUAUCAGAGAGCUAGAGACGCAGGGAAAAAUCCUGGAUUUUCAGCCUAAAAAAUUAUAACAUUUUAAAUUUGAUGCAAGAUUGAUUAUGAAACUAAUCUCAAAAAAAUCCCCCAAAAAUCUAGAUUUCUUGAAACAGUGAACAUUUCUUGACUCGAAAAAUCAUUUUUCAAAAUUUGAAAAUUUCACUGUUUCAAAAUUAUUGUGAAUUUUCUGAAUUUUUGUUGGAAAUAGUGAAGUCUUUAUAUGAGAAUUUUCAAAUUUUCAGGGAUUUUCUGGAUUUUCAGCCUAAGAAAUUGCUGAACUUUCAAAUUUGAAGGAAGUUUAAAACUUGAACUAAUCUCAAAAAAAUCCUCCAAAAAUCUAGAUUUUUUGAAACAGUUAAUAUUUUUGACUCGAAAAAAGCAAUUUUUAUAAUUUUGAAAAUUUCACUGUUUCAAAAUUAUUAUUUGUUUUCUGAAUUUUUGUUGGAAAUAGUGAUGUCGUUAUCUCUAACUUUGAAUUAUCCAAUUUUCAGUUUUUUCUGGAUUUUGAACCUAAAAUUUUAUUAAAAUUUUAAAUUUGAAGGAAGUUUAAAAAUUGAACUGAUUUCAAAAAAUCCCCCAAAAAUCUAGAUUUCUUAAAAAAGUGAACAUUUUUUGGUUAAAAAAAAUCAUUUUUAUAAUUUUGAAAAUUUCACUGUUUCAAAAUUAUUGUGUAUUUUCUGAAUUUCCUGUUGAAAGUGUUGUUGUUAUGUUGUUGCUGUUGUUCGAAUUAGGUUUCCAAAUAUAUAAAUUAUCCAAUUUUCAGACUUUUCUGGAUUUUUAUCCUAAAAAAUUUGAAAAAUUUUGAAUUUGAUGCAAGAUUGAUUAUAAAACUAAUCUCAAAAAAAUCCCCUGAAAAUCUAGAUUUUUUGAAACAGUGAAUAUUUUUGACUCGAAAAAAUCAAUUUUUCUCAAUUUCAAAAUUUCACUGUUUCAAAAUUAUUCAAUGAUUUCUGAUUUUCUGUUGAAAAUAGUUCGUGCCCUGCUCUUUGGACAAUAUUAUAUUUCAAAUUUUUACUGAAAAUUUCAGCGUUUCUCUGGAUUUUUAGCUCUGAAAAGUAUUGGUUUCGAAGUAAAUGGAAUUAAAAGACACUCCUUGUAAAACUGCAAAACCCACCGGACAACGAAAAAGUCAUGAUCUCAGAAUCGGCCCAAUUUUUUUCUUAGUAAGCCCCAUGGGUGGGGAACUUUUUCCACCAGGUUAGAGAUCAUGAUAUCGUUUCGCCAAUUUGGUGGGACCGGGUGAAGGGGAAAAUUGUUUUUCGAAAAUUUAUCGUAAGUCGGGUUAACGUUCAUAUUUUUCGAUGAUUAAAAAAGCAUUUUGCUCGUCUUUUGACGCUCUUUGCAAUGGAAAAGAGCACGAAUUUCGAUACUCUAUCCUAAAAAAAUUUUUUUUUUCGCCAUAAUACAACAUUGCUUAGGAGUCAUUUCCGCUCUUUCUAACCGCUUCCAAAAUGUUCCUCGUGCUUUUUUACCUAUAUUUAGCUACUUUCAAAAAAAAAAUCGCCGGCACCUAUCAACCUCGGAAAAUGACCUAAAAGGGCGCGACUCAAGCGCGCGCGCUCAUAUAACACACAUAUGUGCGUGUGUGUGUUUGUGUGCAUUGAAGGAUUACUGUAGGUGGAAGAAAAAGUUUAAAAAAACGACUUUCUCGUGGAAACGAUGCAAAUUACAAUGAAUAGUUCCCAAAAUGAAGUACCCCAAAGGCUUUUACAUGCAACAAUUUUGUUCCCGGAUUUUCAAGGGGUUGGACCUUUUUUGAUAUUUUUUUAGCUCUGAACUUUGAAAAAUCGUAUUUCCACUUACAGUGGACAAAAAAAGUCGAAGAAAAAAGCAUAAUAGAUCUCAAAUAUCACUCUAUUGACUGAAAACAAGAGUUGUUAAAAAAUAAUUUUUUUCGACCUAGAAAACUUGAAAAUUUCAGAAUAAACUAAAACAUUUUUGAAAUUGUUUUUAGAGCAUGCAUCAAGUGUUCUAGUGCCAAUUUUCAAACUCUGCGUUUGAAAUUACGUACAGUAGCAUGUUAUAACUACUCAGAAAAUCAUCAUAGAUAGGUACUGCGCUUAGAAAGUCGCGCCCUUUUAGGUCAUUUUCCGAGGUUGAUAGGUGCCGGCAAUUUUUUUUGAAAGUAGCUAAAUAUAGGUAAAAAAGCACGAGGAACAUUUUGGAAGCGGUUAGAAAGAGCGGAAAUGACUCCUAAGCAAUGUUGUAUUAUGGCGAAAAAAAAUUUUUUUUAGGAUAGAGUAUCGAAAUUCGUGCUCUUUUCCAUUGCAAAGAGCGUCAAAAGACGAGCAAAAUGCUUUUUUAAUCAUCGAAAAAUAUGAACGUUAACCCGACUUACGAUAAAUUUUCGAAAAACAAUUUUCCCCUUCACCCGGUCCCACCAAAUUGGCGAAACGAUAUCAUGAUCUCUAACCUGGUGGAAAAAGUUCCCCACCCAUGGGGCUUACUAAGAAAAAAAUUGGGCCGAUUCUGAGAUCAUGACUUUUUUUGUCCGAGCCUGGUAAAGUUUACGUUUUUACAAAUAAUGUCUUUUAACAAAUCUCAAAAAAUCCCCCAAAAAUCUAAAUUUCUUGAAACAGUGAACAUUUUUUGACUCAAAAAACCAAUUUUCAAAAUUUGGAAAUUUCACUGUUUCAAAAUUAUUAUGUGUUUUCUGAAUUUUUAUUGGAAAUAGUGAUGUCUUUAUAUGUGAACUAUCAAAUUUUCAGGGGUUUUCAGCCUAAAAAUUUCUGAAAUUUUGAAUUUGGUGGAAAUUGAAAAUAGAACUAAUCCACCAAAAAUCUAGAUUUCUUGAAACAGUGAACAUUUCUUGACUCGAAAAAAUCAAUUUUCAUAAUUUUGAAAAUUUCACUGUUUCAAAAUUAUUGUGUAUUUUCUGAGUUUUUUGUUGAAAAUAGUUAGUGUCUUGCUCGCCUCGAGGAAAAUUUUAUUUGAUCAAAUUUUCACUGAAAAUUUCAGGUUUUCUGGAUUUUUAGCCCUAAAAAGUAUUUGAACAAAUCUUUAAAAAGUUUCUCAAAAAAUAUCCAUUUUUUGAAACAGUGAAAAAUUUUUUGAAUAAAAAAAAACCAAUUUUUAUAAAUUUGAAAAUUUCACUGUUUCAAAAUUAUUUUGUAUUUUCUGAAUUUUUGUUUUCGAAAUUGACAAAACGUUCAUUAUUUCUUUAUCGUGAGAAUAAAGUUUAAUUAGGUUUCAAAAAUUCCAAGGACUUCUGCAAGUCCUGGAUUUUCAGCCUGAAAAAUUCUAAAAUUUCAAAUUUUUCGGGAAUUUUGAGAUCGAACUAAUCUCAGAAAAAAUCCCCAAAAAAUCUACAUUUCUUGAAACAGUGAACAUUUUUUUUACUCAAAAAAUCAUUUUUCAAAAUUUGAAAAUUUCACUGUUUCAAAAUUAUUUUAUGAUUUCGGAAUUUUUUUUUGAAAAUAGUUAGUGCCCUGCUCUUUGGAAAAUUUAUAUUUCAAAUUUUUACUGAAAAUUUCAUUUAAAUCGAAUACAAUUAUUGAACUAAUCUCAAAAAAAAAUUCUCCAAUAAUCUAGAUUUCUUGAAACAGUGAAAAAAAUUCCAACAUAAAAAACCAAUUUUCAUAAUUUUGAAAAUUUCACUGUUUCAAAAUCAUUGUGUAUUUUCCGAUUUUCCUGUUGAAAGUGUUAUUUCCUCUUUGUUUCCCUUCAAAUUAUAAAAUUUUCAGUAUUUUCUGGAUUUUCAGCCUAAAAAAUUUCUGAAAUUUUAAUUAUUUUGGAUAUUUGAAAGUUGAACCAAUCUCAAAAAAAUCCCCCCAAAAAUCCAGAUUUCUUGAAACAGUGAACAAAUUUCAACAAAAAAAUCAAUUUUUUUAAUUUUGAAAAUUUCACUGUUAAAAAACUAUUGUGUAUUUUCUGAAUUUUUGUUCGAAAUAGUGAUGUAUUUGUAUUUGAGUCAUCAAAUUUUCAGGGAUUUUCAGCCUAAAAAAUUCUGAAAUUUUGAAUUUGGUGGAAAUUGAAAAUAGAACUGAUUUCAAAAAAUUCCCUUAAAAAUCUAGAUUUUUUGAAACGGUGAAAAUUUUUUAUUAAAAAAACCAAUUUUUAUAAUUUUGAAAAUUUCACUGUUUCAAAAUUAUUAUGUGUUUUCUGAAUUUUUAUUGGAAAUAGUGAUGUCGAUAUCCCCACCUUAAAAUUAUCCAAUUUUCAGUUUUUCUGGAUUUUCAGCCCAAAAAAUUGCUAAAAUGUUGAAUUUGAUGCAAAAUUGAUUAUUUAAAAAAAUCCCCCAAAAUUCUAGAUUUUUUGAAACAGUGAACAUUUUUGACUCAAAAAAAAACCAAUUUUUAUAAUUUUGAAAAUUUCACUGUUUCAAAUUUAUUUUAUGAUUUCUGAAUUUUUUGUUGAAAAUAGUUCGUGCCCUGCUCUUUGGACAAUAUUAUAUUUCAAAUUUUUACUGAAAAUUUCAGCGUUUUUCUGGAUUUUUAGCUCUGAAAAGUAUUGGUUUCGAAGUAAAUGGAAUCAACAAAUCUCCGAAAAAUCCCUCAAAAAUCUAGAUUUGUUGAAACAGUGAAUAUUUUUGACUCGAAAAAAACAAUUUUUAUAUUUUUGAAAAUUUCACUGUUUCAAAAUUAUUGUGUAUUUUCUGAAUUUUUGUUUUCGAAAUAGUAUUGACCAAUUCCGCGAACGCGGAAGCUUCCGGAGACUUCCGCUUCACAAUCAAAUAUUCUUCCAGGAACACAGCACCACCUCUCAACCAUCCCGCUGCCCUCAGUGUCGCUUGGAAUACGAACCUCGUGACGUCACACCUCUUCUGAAUCUAUAG